AUGUUUGGCAAAAUAGCAUCAGCCUUGUCAUCCGCAAUGACCCCGUCGGCUCCCAAGCCAGGCAACACUCACAACGACCCCGCUCGAGCCGCUACUUAUUCCGCGAUAGCGUCGGAAAUUGCGGCCGAGCACGGCUCGGUCUCAAACGAUGACUGCGCAAAAUGUGACGGGUGCGACGAUGCCAUCUGGGACGGCAAGACCUAUCCAGACUAUGUGAUGGAGCGGUAUGGAGAUCUCGGGGAGUUGCCGCCAGGCUUUGACGUCGACUGGGAUACGGAUCUGGCUGGGAGCGCCGCGGGGGGGAGGGGAAAGGUCGUUGUGAUCAGCACCGGGAAGAGCGAUUGGGAGAGGGAUCACGUUGACGAGAAAGACUCGCUCGCGCACCAUCUGGACAAACACAUCCAAUCGCUCAAGCUGCCGGCUCCGCCCGCUGGAGCAGUCAAGGAUCUUUCCAAGCGCCCCCCUGCUUCAGAGUACAUCUUGAAGCCCGACCAGGACCACCUACCCUCGCUCUACUCGUCGUCUCUGAUCUCGCAAUCGGACGACCCAGAAGACCAGACCGUCCUCGUCUUUCCAGACUGGACGGUUGUCCAGGAGGUGGAGAAUUCGGCAGAAGGGGCGGCGGGGUUAUAUGCUGCUGCGCUCGGUCAAGGCGUCAAGACUGGAGGGACGAGGCAGAGGAGCUGGGUGCUGCCUUAUCGUGCUAUCAUACUGCUUUGCUCGCACAAACGCCGCGACAAACGGUGUCACAUCGCUGCCCCUCUCCUGCGAUCAGCCCUGCAUACGGUCCUGGCGAAACACGAUAUCGGCAUCGACGAGACGGGUGCAUCGCUGGCGCAGCUCGAUGGACCGGCGAUUGAGGAUAUGGGAGAGGACGAGAGGGAGAUGGAGACACGGAGACGAAUGGCGGGGAUCGAGGGAAUAGGCGGGGGCGAAGGGGGCGAGGUGGGGAUCUUCAACAUCAAUCAUGUCGGCGGACAUCGCUACGCAGGAGUCAUGCUGCGUAUCUUUCCUAUGGCCGGGUGA